UUCAGUAUCGCGCACCUCGCGAUUCUGAUGGAGUGGAGCAGAAAGUAGCGUCACUUUCUUCAUCGUCACAAGGAACAGAACCAGAGUGACAGCUUUCAAACGUCCAGUUCUUCGUUUACAAUGUCGUUUCAAACACUUAUUGAAUAGACAUAACUAUUUUUGAGUUAUUCAUCUACUUUGUUUCGACUCUCGAAAGCGGAGAUGAAGUACUGGCGGCAGUGCGCAUUGUGGCUGAUAAACUGCAAGGUGCUUCCUCCGAACCAUCGGGUAACCGGGGACAGUGCCCAGGUAUUUGAUUUGGCUCAGACGCUCCGGGACGGGGUGCUGCUCUGUCAGCUGCUCAACAACUUGAAACCACACACCAUCAACCUGAAGGAGAUUAACCUUAGACCACAGAUGUCUCAGUUCCUCUGCUUGAAGAAUAUCCGGACCUUCCUGACAUCCUGCUGUGAGGUGUUUGGGAUGAAGAAGACUGAUCUGUUCGAGGCCUUCGAUCUGUUUGAUGUCCGGGACUUUGGAAAGGUGAUGGAUACUCUGUCCAUGCUUUCCUACUCCACGGCCGCGCAACAGGCAGGAAUCAAGCCCUUUCCAACAGAGGAGAGUCUGAAAGACGAGGAUAUUUACAGUCAUCUGAAGGACCUGAUUGAUGAGAACGUUCUAGAGGAUGAGGAAGAGUUGUAUGCUCCAGUCUACGGGUUGGAUGACACCGAUGAAGGAGGAGAGAUCUAUGAAGACCUGAUGAGGACCGAACAGCACCCUACACUGAAGCAGGCUGAGAAUGUGAGAAGCUGCUGCCUCUCAGAGAUCAAACAAACAGAGGAGAGAUACACAGAGACCCUGGAGUCUAUAGAGAAGUACUUUUUGAACCCACUGAAGAAAUUUUUCACUGCGUCAGAAAUCGACAAGGUUUUCGUCAACAUCCCUGACCUGGUGAAAGUCCAUAAGAGUCUGAUGGUGGAGGUGCAAGAGUCCAUUCUCAACAAGAACGCCUUAAACCUCUACCAGGUCUUCAUUGCCUAUAAGGACAGGCUACUCAUUUAUGGAAUCUACUGCAGCCACGUUGAGAUAUCCAUCACAGUGUUGGACUUUAUUUGUAAGGAGAAAGAGGACGUACGACUAAAGCUAGAGGAAUGUUCUAAAAGAGCAAACAAUGGGAAGUUCACUCUGAGAGAUCUACUGGUGGUUCCCAUGCAGAGAGUCCUCAAGUACCAUCUCCUACUACAGGAGCUGGUCAAACACACCCCCGACGCAGCCGACAAGAGCAACCUGAAGAUGGCUCUGGACGCCAUGAAGGACUUGGCUCAGUAUGUCAACGAGGUGAAGAGAGACAAGGAGACUCUGAAGGAGAUCAACCAAUAUCAACGUUCCAUCGAGAACCUGAACCAGCCCCUGGAGAGCUACGGACGGCCCAAGGGGGACGGAGAGGUCCGAAUGGUGUCUAAUGUUGACAAGAAGAAACAGGACAGACAUAUCUUCCUGUUUGACGGAGCUGUGAUCGUCUGUAAGAGACGAGGAGACAACUAUGAGAUGAAGGAUGUGAUCGAUCUCAACUACUUUAAGAUCACCAACAACCCCACCCAGGAUAGAGAGAGUAAGAAGUGGUUCUAUGGUUUCUACCUGACCCAUCAGCAGGGGCAGAGCGGCUUUGAGUUCUUCUUCAAGACCAAGGAGCUGAAGAAGAAGUGGCUGGACCAGUUUGACAUGGCAAUAUCUAACAUCAGACCAGAGAACUCCAGUAACAACUUCCACCAGUUCAGGAUGCAUACUUUCAUCAGAAUCACUACCUGUAGCUCCUGUCAACUGCUCCUCAGGGGUAUCUUCAACCAGGGCUAUCUCUGUCUUAAGUGUGGACUCGGAGCUCAUAAGGAAUGUCUGGGUAGAGUGGGUGUCUGUGGAAGAACUGAUUCUGCCAAGCUGAGGCCUGAGAGGGCUCCGACGGUGCGGAAACAACCAGACCCAGGUCUCCCUAGGAUGCUGGUGAUCAGAGACUACUGUGGCAUCCCCUCUCCCCAGAGUGCCCCUCCGUUGACCAUCCAUGCUGGAGACAUCAUCGAGCUCAUCUGUGCCGACCUACACAGCUCCUGGUGGCAGGGCAAGAUCUUGGCGACGAGAGAGAUUGGCUCCUUUCCCAGCGAUGCCGUUAGGCCAUGCCCAUGUGUACCCAAACCUGUGGAUUAUUCAGCCCAGCUGUGGUUUGCAGGGCCAAUGGAGAGGCAGGAGGCGACGGUAAAGCUGAUGGACAGAGAGAACAGCACCUUCCUGAUCAGACACCGGACCAGAGAGUCUAACGAGUAUGCCAUCAGUAUCAAGUUCAACGACGAUGUCAAACACAUCAAGAUCCUGACAAAGAAUGAAUGCUUUUACAUCGCAGAGACCAGGCUGUUUAAGACUGUGUUGGACCUGGUCGACUACUACAAGCAGCAUUCUCUGAGAGAGGGCUUCAAGAGUCUGGACACAACACUGCAGGUACCAUUCAGGGAGCCAAGCAACGGGAACAACAUGCCCCAAGGCAUCCGACACACUGGCUCUGUCUGUCCUCCUGGCAGCUGGGGCUUUGUUCCUCCCUCCUCCUCUCCUUUCUGGUCAGUGUUCUCUCCCAGGGUGGUGGGCAUCGCGUUGGCACGUUACGACUUCAGCUCCAGAGACACCAGAGAGCUGUCUCUACAAGAGGGAGACGUAGUCAAGAUCUACACCAAGAUGGCUAAUGGCUGGUGGAAGGGAGAGGUCAACGGCAGGGUGGGCUGGUUCCCCUCUACAUAUGUGGAAGAGGAAGACUGAGCUGGUUGGUUAAACCUCAGCUCUCAGGUGACACGGCUAUAGCCCACACUGCACUACGGCUCCAGACAUCCUCCAGGUUGCGGAGCCACAACAUCCUGGCACUCUGAUAGAACUCAGACAAGACAAAAGCCCCAAGCCAGACAGAUGGAAGUAGGAAAUGCCCUCUAUCCUCAUCCAUCCUCACCCUACCUCACCCAUCCUCAACACACCCAUCCUCCUCACCCCUCCCCACCUUAUCCCCACCUCAUCCCCUCACCCCUCCCACCUCCUCACCCAUCCCAUUCU